CUUAAUUGAAUCAAGAGAAAGAGAGAAUUUUGAUUAAUUUAAGUCUGGACCCUGAAGUCCCCACACAAGCAAAGCUUCGAUGGAUCCCAAGAACCUAAAUCGUCACCAAGUACCAAAUUUCUUGAACCCACCACCACCACGAAAUCAGGGUUUGGGAGAUGGUGUUGUUGUUUCCGACGACAAGGACGAGAAUCGCAAACCAACAACUGAGAUUAAAGAUUUCCAGAUCGUGGUCUCUGCUUCCGACAAAGAACCAAACACUAAGAAGAGUCAGAAUCAGAACCAGCUUGGUCCUAAGCGAAGCUCUAACAAAGACAGACACACUAAAGUCGAAGGUAGAGGUCGAAGAAUUCGGAUGCCUGCUCUUUGUGCUGCUAGGAUUUUUCAAUUGACUAGAGAAUUGGGUCAUAAAUCGGAUGGUGAAACAAUCCAGUGGCUGCUUCAACAAGCUGAGCCGUCGAUUAUUGCAGCCACUGGUUCAGGAACUAUACCAGCCUCUGCUUUAGCUUCAGCUGCAAGCUCUGUCUCUAACCAUCAUCAAGGUGGGUCUCUUACUACUGGUUUAAUGAUCAGUCAUGACUUAGAUGGUGGGUCUAGUAGUGGUAGACCAUUAAAUUGGGGAAUUGGUGGUGGUGAAGGAGCUUCUAGGUCAAAUUUACCAACUGGGUUAUGGCCAAAUGUAGCUGGGUUUGGUUCUGGUGUACCAACUACUGGGUUAAUGAGUGAAGGAGCUGGUUAUAGAAUUGGGUUUCCUGGUUUUGAUUUUCCUGGUGUUGGUCCUAUGAGUUUUGCAUCUAUUUUGGGUGGUGCUGGUGGGAAUCAUAAUCAGAUGCCUGGACUUGAGUUAGGGUUGUCUCAAGAAGGGAAUGUUGGGGUUUUGAAUCCUCAGUCUUUUACUCAGAUUUAUCAACAGAUGGGUCAAGCUCAAUCUCAGGCUCAAGGUAGGGUUCUUCACCAUAUGCAUCAUAACCAUGAAGAACAUCAGCAAGAGAGUGGUGAGAAAGAUGAUUCUCAAGGCUCAGGUCGUUAAAGCAUUGGUUUUUUUUUUAAUCUUCUGGAUUUGAAAAGCUUUUGGCUUUUGUUUUGUGAUAAUAUUGUUGUAAUUUGUAUCACUAUGGAGAAGAAAAAGAAAAAGGAAAAGGUUUUAUACUGAGUGAGAGUGAUAAUCUAUACUUAUUGAAACCUCUGCAAAAACACAGGUGAGCUCAAACUCUUUUUCUGAGUGUUUGUGACCAUUUUUUUUGGCAGUUGUUGUUUGAACUUGCAGGUGGAGUUUGUUGAUACACACAGCCAAAGAUUUUUUUGUUUGGAGUGUUUAAGUUCCAGAGAGGCUUGUUUUACUUAUGCUGUGUGUUGUUGCUUUUGAAUAUCAAGAAACCGGCUUUUUUCUAUAGUACAACAAUGGUUAUGUAUACUUGUCUUCUUUUUGGAAUGAAGAUUAUACCCUCUCUUUUGCACACUGCAUCUCCAAAGAUUGUUCUCUUUCGCUCGAUCUCUCUGAAUGACAGAAUGAGUUAAGACUUCUGUUGUGUAAAAUACUUUGCUGCAUGUUCUGAUUCAGUGGCUUUGAGCUGCAAUGGAUUUCUCAAGGAGGUAAAGUUCUACUCUUUAACUCUUACUUGCAUCUCCGAUUGAGUUUGUGCGCUAUGUGAAGUUACGUUAGCCGUGGAAAUGUUUUGAAUUUGGUACAAACCUGAUUUUGCAGUUGGGAACCAAAUAAGCUGAUUACAACUUCAUUGUAGUUUCAUUCUAUAAACAGAAGCCAAUUUUUGUUUCUUGGACUUAUAGUUCCUGGUUUUGCAUUUACUCUUUGCCUUUUAAGCUUUUUCAAAGAUAGAGUAUAAAUUGUUUCAACGAGU